AUGGUCUUUGAUGGUUCAUAUCGACCAACAAACGAUUUCUUUUACCUUGAUGUUACAGAUAUACCUUUUAAUAAUACUAUAGAGAGAAUGUCAUGGACGGACAUUACACAUUUAGACAAAGUACCAGCAAAUAGUUGGGCUUCAAGUGCAAUUGGAGGUGUAAAUCAAGAUUUAAUCUUUUUAUUCGGGGGUCAAAUGGAAUUUAAUAAAGACAAUGCUCUCGUUUAUGUAUUUGAUACGAAUAAAGAUAAAUGGGAUAAUCCAAACAUAAAGGGAGCGACUCCUUUAAGAAGGAGAAAUUUUGCUGCUGUAAGUGAUGAAGCUGGAAAAAUGUAUAUAUUCGGGGGAACUGCUGAUAAAUAUACAGGCUAUCCAAACACAACGGAUUUCAAUGACAUGACAAUUUUAGACACGGUAAAUUUAAUCUGGUAUGAAGGUUCCAAAGAAGAUGCUCCAAUACCAAGGACAAGUUAUUCCGUUGUAAUGUUACCAGACGGAAUUAUCAUUUACAUUGGAGGAAUCCAAAGGUUCUCCAAUAGAACUUAUGCAUACGUUGAUAUGAGCGAAAUUUCUAUCUAUGAUGCUAAUCACGACAGAUGGUCCACAAUGAAAAAUUUUUGCCAAAAGAUUGCAGAAGGUAAUGUUCCUGGAAUCCGAGGAGAACAUACGUCUGUUUUAGCUCCUGAUGGAAGGAUUAUCAUUUAUGGAGGCAAAGUAAAUGAUACCGCAGCCGAACCACAACUGUGCGUUUUAAAUACCACCACAACACCUUAUACUUGGUCACAACCUAAAUCAUAUUAUCCCGUUCCCGAUCUGUGGUUACACAUAGCCGUUAUGGUUGGUAAUUAUAUGGUUGUAGCAUUUGGAUUUUCGCCAACGCAUGGUCGAACAUCCGAUGUUUACAUUUUAGAUCUAAGUGAAAAUGACGUUUAUAAAUGGAUAACUCUUUUUGUAAAAGAGAAAACGAUAAAACCGGAAGAUGUAAGUUGUUAUGGUUAUAUCACUCCAAAUACAAAUGAAGAAGUGGGAACCAUAGUAGCUUUGUUGCUUGGUGGAUUCGGUGCUGGAGUUUGUGUGGCCGCUAGCAGCUAUAUAAUUUGUCGCGCUAAAUCGAACACUAAUUUAAGUCGAAUGUGA